GCUAUGGCUCAGCAUUGCUUUCUCUGUUGCUUUCUGCCAUCCAAGCACUGAUGAUCAACCGAUGGUUGGUGUUGCCAUUAGGAUUGAUCCAACGUCUGCAGAGGCGCAAAAAGCAGCUCAAUACGCUAUGAAAGAAUACAACAAAAACUGCAAUUCCAGCUAUCUGCUGAAUAUGAUCUCGAUUGUGUCAGCCAAAUCGCAGAUAGUUGCUGGGUUAAAGUAUUAUUUGACAGUACAGGUGGAAGAGACAAACUGCUUGUGUGGAUCUAAUGGAACUUUGGAACAUUGUUCUCCAAGAUAUGGAGGAUAUGGAAAGGUCUUACUGUGUGACUUUCAGGUGUAUUACAUUCCCUGGCUUGAUUCAGUUGAACUGAUAGCAUCCAAUUGCCAAGCAUGAAGUUCAGCAAAC